AUGGCUAGCGACUUAUCUACGGCUGGCUUCCUUUCGGUUCUACGAAGAUUUAUCGGAUACCGAGGCAUACCGUCCGAAAUACAUUCAGACAACGCUACAAACUUUUCUGGAGCGAAUAAUGAAAUCAAAGCACUCCAUGAACUGUUGAAAAAUCAACUCAGCCUCUCGGUUAUUCGUAAUGAACUUGCCCAACAAGGGAUCGCUUGGAUGUUUAUCCCACCACGAGCUCCUAACUUCGGAGGAUUAUGGGAGGCAGCCGUGAAAUCCGUGAAAACCGCCUUGAAAAAAGAGAUAGGCCUCCAGCAGCUGAGUCACGACGAGUUCAUCACACUUUUGGUGCAGAUCUCCGCCAUCCUGAAUUCUCGUCCUCUUUCUCCACUAUCAGACGAUCCUACGGAAUUCGAAGCUCUAACCCCCGCGCACUUCCUAAUAGGCUCAACAAUGAAAGCCCUCCCAGAGCCCAAUUUAUUAGAAAUUCCCACAAACCGCCUUGACCACUACCAGCGAAUCCAGCAAAUGUUCCAACGCUAUUGGCAACGAUGGAGCAAGCAGUAUCUCACACAGCUGCAGAUGACAUCGAAGAACUCGCCGAUAGAUCCCCUUCGUAUUGGAAGCAUCGUUGUAUUACGAGAAGACAACUUGCCACCUCUGUGCUGGCCAUUAGCUCGAAUCAUCUGUUUACAUCCUGGUACAGACGGAAUCGUGCGUGUUGUGACGGUGAAGACCCUUGCCGAUCGACGGUACUGA